AAUUGCUAUGGAAACCGAAUCGACGCUGAAUCGCUAUUGAAAGUGGAGGCGUAGGCGAAGCGUGGGGGGGAAUCGAACUACGUUUCCACAAACGUGGAAAAACCUUCCCUUCCUCCUAUCUGGUAACGGCCAGGCUAGCGAGAGAAAUCGAGAGCAGUUUUUGGGGUGAUGGGUUCCCAAAGUGGAAGGCAUGAUUGAUUUCCAUGCUUUGGAGAAAGAGCUGGAAGAAGCUAUUGCCACAGAUGAGAAAUACCAGAGAGAAAAUGAUGCUAAAUUCCGAGCAGUACAUCAGAAAGUAUCAUCUUAUGAAGAAUUCAGAAUCUUCCUCCAUUCUGUCUGCAGAGAUAUUGUUCUAGCCUCCCAUUUGAAACCUCUGGAGAAAAAGGACAAAAUGGGAAGUGGCAGAAAUGUGUUGUGGAACACCUGUGCAGUUAAAACAAAUCACAAACAAGAGAGUAAGAUAGACUUGCCUCAGGAAUUAGAUCGCCUGCCUGAGACUUCUGCAGAGUUCUACAGAGAUUGGCGCAGAUGUAUGAAAAACAAUCAGGAUCGCUAUCUCCUCCUCCUCCAACUUGGAUCCCAAAACUUGGGCCGGAUCUUCCAAACUGAUCUUGCUUUUGGCCUCUUAGGUGAAUUUCUAGUUGUGUUGAACCAAAAUGCUUGCAUUAAAGACUGCAAUUUUAUCUUGGAUAUCUUGGAGAAUUUAUCAGGCACCAAACGUUUUGGACUAAACAUUGAACUUCUUAGUGAGAAAGAGAAAGAAAACUGCAGGCAGUUGUUUGAAAAAUUGCAAAAAAUAGAAACUGACUUUGGCCAUUUUUCUGAAAUUCAUCAGAUUCCAAAUGAAGAUGGUACAGAUGCUACUCAAAUCCAUUGUCAAGGAGGUAAAGGAAUUGAAAAAAAAGUGUUAAAACUGAUGAGCCUUUACCAAAUAUCUUUGAUCAAUUCUUGAGUUUAUACUAAUAACUAAGGAUGGAAACAUUGUAAUAUAAAGAAAGGACUAGAGUGCCUGUUAAAAACAUAUCUAUCAGCCUUUUUAGUAUAUAUUGGAAAAAUAAAAGCAUAUGAAAAAUAGAUACCUAAUCAGAGAAUGCUCGCCUCUUGUUUUUUGUCUCUAUUGCAUUAAAAUAUUAUAUCAACUUAAACGAU